UAUGUAUAUAUAUAUGUAACGGCGGCUGAAUAUUGAUGGCUAGGGUAACUCGUAGAAUUACUUGUAUAUAAAAUCGCGAUAUUUUCAAAUGCCGCGAUAGUUGAAUGACAAGUUGCGCCUUGUUCUUUGACACAAUGGAGGUUGUUACAAAGUAUAUUAAGACAAAUCUACUCUACUCUUUACUUAUCCUUUGUUUAUAUACAACAUUUAGUAACUUAAUAAGACAUCGAUGAUUUGUAAAGUGAAUUAACAGGUAAUAAGUAAUAUUAAAUAAGAAAAUACCUUUUUUGCUAAAUCUUAUAUCGAUGUGAUUCUCAUAAGAUGAGAAAUUAGUAUUGUAAGACAAAUCUGUAAUUAUAGCACUUUAACAAAAAUAAAUAAAUUUCAUAAUAAACUAAUCUCUAAUUAUAUAUUUAUACUAUGUCCAUCGCUCAAAAUCAACUAUUACAAACCAUACAGCACAGGACAAUGUCAUUACAAUGUUAUAACAAUAUUAAUAAUAUUGCUGCAAUAUUCUGUGUUGAAUAAGAAGUUUGUCGAAUGUAUAUAAAUAUAAUUACUGUAAAAAAUGCUGCUUUUAAAUGUAUCAUUGAUUUUCAAUAACUUUUGAUAUGAAAAGCUCUUGUUUUGCUUCGUUUUUGUUUUUUUUUUUUAUGAGAAUUAUAUCGCAUAGAUAUAUGAAAAAUGACUAGCGGUAAAAUGCAAAAUAUGAGCGCCUGCCAAGAAAUUAUAUCGUCAACUGCAAAGUUGGUGGAUGUUUCCAAAUACAAUUUGCGAUGUAAUCGUAAUGUCAGUGAAAAAAUGACAAAAAAGGACUUUAUUUACGAUAUCCGUACCCCUACACAAACCAUGAAAAAGUUCGAGAUACAGAAACAACCUAUCAUACUACCGAUUCAACUACGACGGAAACAGACCACUAAUUCAAAAAUGCCACAAUACACAGUAAUUUCCGAAAAAUUGGACCGUGGUGAUAGUGGCGAUGCGACCGUUGUUACUGAUCGACGCACUUUAGAAUAUAAAUGUAAUUUUUGUCACGAGCCAAUCGCUACUUUACUUUCUCUAUCAACUCAUGUAAAAUUUCAUUGUCAAAGAUAUUGCAAAAUGUGUUAUUGGAUUCUGCGCGAAAACGAGACGAUGGAACAACACAUCGAUAAUUAUCAUCGAGUUGAGGAAAUUAUAUAUAUAUAAUAAACUUAUA